AUGCACAUUUACCUGUGUCAGCAGGUCGCCGAGGAGCUGGAUUGGGGUUACGCAUUCGACCACGCCGGCGCAGCCUACCUCGGCUCAACCACGCCGGACAUACGCGCGAUGACCAAAUGGGAUCGCGCCCGCACCCAUUUUUCAGAUCUUACGGUCAGCGAGGUUGGAGCCGGUGUGCGGCGAAUGUUUACCGAACACCCGCGGCUGGCUGGAUCGGACAAUGCGCUUACCCCGAACACCAGGGCGUUUUUGUUGGGAUAUGUCAGCCACCUGGUGGCUGACGAGGUUUGGAUCACGACCGUGUUCCGUCCCCAUUUUGGCAACGACGACCGGAUUACCGACAGUGAAGUCGAGGCCCAUAUCUGGGACCGCGCCCUGCAGCUCGACAUGGACCAGAGCGUUUUGAAUGGCGAUGUGGGUUUGUCGGAACACAACGCCGCUAUCGCAGCCGUCGAACAGAUGCCGGCGCUUAGUUUUCUCGAGGAUGAGUUGAUCGACGAAUGGAAGGGCUGGGUUGCUCGACUGUUGGGUUGGGAUUUCACCUGGGAAAGGCUCAAGCGGGCAAUGAAUCGAAUGUACCGCGACAACGAAGAGGUUCAGUUGGUGGUGGAUGGGUUUCUAUCCGACAUGCCGUCCAGCUUGGACCGGGUUUAUCAACACAUCCCGCGUGAACUGAUCGAUGCUUACCGCCGGCAGGUUGUCGACGAAACGGUGGUGCAGGCCAGGGAGUAUCUCAGUGCGACUUAA